AUGGAAAUUUUGGCGAUGAAGAACAAUUUCGAUUACACUGUUAUCAAAUCCACGAGAAAAUGGUGGUAUUGCCGAUGUAAGGAUGCAUUAUGCAAUUGGAGUGUGCGUGCAGAAGGUAUGGACGGGUCUGCAUAUUUCAUGAUCAACCAGUGUGAGGAACGACAUUCAUGUGCACCUUCAAAGAAAAGCAAUUUCGGAAAAACAGCAUCGGCAAGAACAAUUGGGAGACUAAUACAACAUCGAUACGGUGAUGCCAACGAUGGCCCAAAACCAAAUGACAUCAUUGACUUUAUGAGAUUGGACCAUAGUUGUGAGAUUACUUAUGGGCACACUUGGGAAGCUCGGGAGUUUGCUAUUGCAGCUGCUAGAGGUAUACCAGAUCGCAGUUAUGCUAAAAUACCAUCGUAUUUGCAUAUGCUUAAAGAAGCUAAUCCUGGUACGCAUACUCACUGUGAAAUUAAUGACAAGGGGAGAUUCAUGUAUCUAUUUAUGGCAUUUGGGCAAUCAGUUAGAGGAUACUACAAUGCAAGCGAAGGAGGAGUUCUACUUGUUGCUACUGCUGUAGAUGGUAACUCUAACUUGUAUCCGAUUGCAUUUGGAGUUGUUGAUUCAGAGAAUGACGAUUCAUGGGGUUGGUUCUUCAGACAGUUGAAAGUGGUUAUUGAUGACUGUCAAUACUUGGCUUUUGUCUCAGAUAGAAAUUCAUCUAUUGCUAAAGCGAUUGGGACUGUCUACCCGCAAUCAGCACAUGGAAUAUGCAUUCAUCACUUGUUGACCAAUGUGGUUGCAUUUUUUAAGACAAAAGGGUUCACCGCCUUGGUUGAAAAGGCUUCACGGGCAUAUAGGUUCACUGAAUUUGAGGAACAUAUCACCCAAAUCUUUGAUAUGAGUCCUGAGCUUGGAAGAUAUCUACAGGAGGCUGAUGUGCGCAAAUGGGCUCGUUCUCUGUUCCCUGGAUCCAUGUACGACAUUAGGACCACAAACCCUGCAGAGUCAAUAAAUUCAGUCUUGAGAGUACCUAGAGAAUAUCCGGUUAUUCAUUUGCUAGAUAGUAUAAGAGAACUGUUCACUCAAUGGUUCUAUGAGUGUCGCCUGGUAAGCUCUAAGCAUCUUGAUCCUUUAACCGCUGAGGUGGAGAAAAAGAUAGAUAGGAGAAUUGUGAAGGCAAAAGGGUUUAACGUUUACAAGACUGACAACGUCAAAUCGGUGGUGAAAAGAGACAUAUAUGAUUGUCAUGUUGAUUUGGAAAGAAGAACAUGCACAUGUGGGAAGUACGAUAUAGGAAAAAUUCCUUGCCGACACGCCAUUCCAGCAAUUUAUUCACGAGGUUUGGAAGUACACAGAUUUACCGACGCCUUCUACAGCACUACAGCGUGGAGAACCACCUAUGAGGAAAGCAUUAAUCCAAUAGCAGUUCCAUAG